AUGGCCCCGUACGCACCUACUGACGGCAUUAGCAAGCUCGCCAUUGACCAGAGCAAGCAUUUUACUGAAGCAUUGAAGGAGGCUUUCAAAAGCUCGAUUGACCAGCAAAAGAUUGCGGCAGAGAAGGUUUCGGAGCUCGUUGGUAGUGAUUUCAACGUGAACCUUGGUGUUGUCUCUCAAGAAUUGCGCAAUGCUUUGGUCGGUAAUGAUGCCGAUGCUAAGGUUGUUGCUGCGUAUGUUGUGGACGAUCUCAUGCAGAAGCAAGCUGAGCGUGUUGAGGCCUAUUUGAUGCCGUUGCUCUCUGUGUUUCUGGACUUGCUGUCAGACAAGAAGCCGACCAUGCGCAACGUGGCAGAGGAGGCUGCAUUGACUAUAAUAAGCUCGACCAACAAGAACUCGACGAUCCGUAUCUUGCCAAUCCUAUUUGACGGUCUGGAUCGCUCGAAGAAGUGGCAGACGAAGAAGGGCUCGCUCGAACUUGUGGGUGAAUUAUCUACGAUUGCUCCGUAUCAGGUUGGACGCUGUCUACCUGAUAUCAUUCCACAAGUGACGGAUUGCAUGUGGGACACACGUAAGGAGGUAAAGGUUGCCGCAAAGGAGACGAUGACACGUGUUUGCAGUGUUGUAGGCAACAUGGAUAUUGAGCCUUUUAUUCCAGCUCUGGUGAGCUGUCUGGCGAACCCUACGGAGGUACCCGAGUGCACUCACAAGCUAGCUUCAACUACGUUCGUUAAGACCGUUGAGGCUCCAGCUCUUGCUAUUAUGGAACCUCUGCUAAAGCGUGCUUUGGCGGAGGGUAAGACGGCUGUGAAGCGUCAAGCCGCUGUCAUUAUUGACAACAUGUGUAAACUAAUGGACGAUCCUGCGGAGGCUCAGUUAUUUAUUCCUAAGCUACUUCCUGGUUUGAAGAAAGUCAUUGAGACACAGGCUGACCCUGAGUGUCGUGAGGUUGCCACUCGCGCACACGAGACGCUGUUCGUGGCUGGUGGUUCCAUGGAAGUGUCGGAAGACGAGUUGAAAGUUGAUUACGAAAACAUUCACAAUGUUGUGGUUGAGUCGAUUGCUGCGAGUCCUGCUGCUGUGAAAGCUGAAAUUGACAGCUUCACGGUCGACUACGCUACAGGCAUUUGUUACUUCCUGGUUGUUGCUCGCAACUUUAACAAGACUGUCUUUGAGAAGGAGAUUGGUACCUAUUUUAAUGCUUUUAUGAAGCCUGAGGACAUAAAGCCACUCGCGAACGAGAUUCGCGACCGCUGUUUCAAGGAGAAUAAGUCGAUAUUCAUUGAGGACGUAGACUGUGACGAGGGUAUUCCUGACCUUUGCAACUGUGAGUUUUCGCUUGCUUACGGUGGUAUGAUUUUGUUGAACAACGCUCGCCUUCGUCUUAAGCGCGGUCAUCGUUACGGUCUGUGCGGUCCUAAUGGAUGUGGUAAGUCGACGUUGAUGCGCGCCAUUUCCAACGGCCAGCUGGAGGGUUUUCCGAGCCGUGAUGAGUUAAAGACUGUGUUUGUUGAGCACAAUCUGCAGGCUUCUGAAGCCGAACUGUCUGUGGUGGACUUUAUCCUAGUGGAUGAGGACUUGAAGAACACUCCACGAAAAGAGGUGGAGGACACGCUUGCUGGUGUGGGUUUCACGCCUGAGAUGCAAGCCCAGGGCGUGGGUACUCUUUCUGGUGGUUGGAAGAUGAAACUAGAGCUUGCUCGUGCUAUGUUGCAAAAGGCUGACAUUUUGUUACUUGAUGAGCCGACGAACCAUUUGGAUGUAAAAAAUGUGGCUUGGUUGGAGAAUUAUCUGACAAGCCUGACAAACGUGACCUCAAUCAUGGUGUCACACGACUCUGGUUUCCUUGACACGGUGUGUACAAACAUCAUUCACUACGAGAUGCGUAAGUUGAAGAUCUACAAGGGCAAUUUGUCUAAGUUUGUGGAGCAGAAGCCCGAGGCUAAGGCCUACUAUGAGCUGGAGUCUGAGAACGUGAAGUUUACGUUCCCGGAGCCGGGUUUUCUCGCUGAUAUUAAGAACAAGGGCAAACCCAUUAUUCGUUUGACCAACUGCUCGUACCAGUACCCUGGAUCCGCCAAGCCGUCGAUCAACAACAUUUCUGUGACUUGUGCCCUAUCGAGUCGUAUCGCAGUACUUGGCCCUAAUGGUGCUGGCAAGUCUACGCUGAUCAAGAUGCUGACUGGUGAGGUUGAGCCAACUAGUGGACAGGUAUGGAAGCACCCUUCCAUGCGUUUUGCCUAUGUGGCUCAGCACGCUUUCCACCAUAUCGAGUCUCAUCUUGAUGAGACUGCAAACCAGUACAUUCAAUGGCGUUUCCAGUCGGGUGAGGACAAGGAGCUAUUAGCUAAGGAGACGCGUAAGCUAAGUAAGGAGGAGAAGGAGCACUAUAAGAAACCGGUGAACUGGGAGGGUGAGAAGCGCGUGUUGGAGGAGAUUGUAUCUCGCCGCAAGUUCAAGAAGAGUUUUGAGUACGAGCUGAAGUGGGAGAAGUGUUCUGUUGACCAGAAUGCAUGGGUACCACGUGAGAAGUGUGAGAAGUGGGGCUGGGACAAGCUGUUACAGAUUGCUGAUGACCGAGAGGCCGCUCGUGCUAACUUGCAGUCCCGUCCGCCUACUGCCAUCGCGGUGCAGAAGCAUUUGGACUGCUUUGGGCUUGGGGCUGAGUUUGGUACCCACUCGCGCAUGCGCGGUUUGUCCGGUGGCCAGAAGGUGAAGGUCGUGUUGGCUGCCGCUAUGUGGCUGAAUCCGCACAUCCUGGUUCUUGAUGAGCCCACGAACUAUUUGGACCGUGACUCUCUUGGUGCACUUGCUUCGGCCAUUAAGGAGUUCAACGGUGGUGUGGUUAUGAUCACCCAUCACAACGAGUUUUCAUCGGCAUUGACUCAGGAAACAUGGAACAUCGAGGCGGGUUUCCUUAAGGUCGAGGGCCAACAGGCUGAGGAUAAGACGAAAAUUGAGCAGAAGGAUGAAGAAGAGGUUACGGAUGCUUUUGGUAAUGUAACGAAGACGAAAAUCAAGCGCAAGCUCACACGUAAGGAAAAGAAGGCCAAAGACAAAGCUCGCAAGGAAGCCGAGGCUGCCGGCGAGUAUUGGAGCGAUUCGGACGAGGAGUAA